AUGGAAACAAAAGUUUAUUUUCACGUUUUGUUCUUGUUCUUUUCGUGGAACUUGGCGGUGGUUUAUUGUGAAGAACUAGUCGCAAUAUUCGCACCAAGAACUUCCUUCAAAACCCACAAAUACAAUGUGUUCAUCCAAACUAAGACAAUUGAUCAUGAAACAGAGUUGGCUCUUCAAUUCCGACAAUACAACCGAACAUACAGCUUAACAAAUCACAACAAAUAUGCCAUAAACUAUCCAACCAACAACACUGGCAGUGCCAAGAAACUAAAGUUUACAGCAACUUUAUAUCGUGAAAGAACCAAAGGCAAAGACACAGUUCAACAAUGUUCUACACAUCAUUUAGAGGUUAAAGUUGAUAAGCCGAUAUUUUACACAUUCAUCCAGACGGACAAGCCUAUUUAUAAUCCACGAGAUGAUGUCAAAUUUCGAGUAGUUGUUGUUGAUAAGGAUUUGAAGCCUCGAAUCAUGAACAAUAUUGAUAUUGAAAUUGUUGAUCCACUGAACCGCACAAUCGACAAAUUCACAGAUCUCGAGGGGAAAAACCAAGGCGUUUACGUAGAAAAAUUCACAAUAAGUAAAAAUCCCCUUUUUGGAAUUUGGAAAUUAAAAGUCACUGUUGAUAAGUUUAAAAGUUUAACGACAACAAAGUCAUUUAAUGUCCAAAAGUUUGAAUUGCCACUGUUUGGAGUCAACAUUAAGACAUCCUCAAAGGAUUACCUUCCAGAAUCCAGAGUUGUUAUCGAAUUUAGUGCUGGAUAUGCUUUUGGAAGUUAUGUUGCUGGUGAUGCUGAGCUGAUAAUUCAAAAUAUUGCUGACGAUCAGGUUUAUUAUGUGAAGCAGUUUAGGAAUGUUGAUUCUACUGAGUCAACGACCAUAAACAUGAAAAAAGACUUUAAUACACAAAUCCACAACAGAGUUGUUCUUAAGGCUACGCUGAUGUUUACUGAAUUUGAAUCUGGAUUGACUUACAAUAAAUCUACGGAAUUUACAGUUCAUGCUGACUCAAAAAUUAAAUUAACUCCAGUACAUCCAACAAAAUUUACUCCUGGCUUUCCAUUUGAUUUUAAAGUUUUUGUGCAGAACUGGAAGAAUGAAACUUACAAUUCCUAUGACGAAGUCGAAAUGGAUUAUUUAUUCAAGCUUGCCGACGGCACUCGCAAAAAAAUCACAUUCCAUCCACUUUUAAGCAAUGGAACAGCUGAGCAAUAUACAAUGGUUCCAGAAGAUGCAAUCGAGUUUGAUAUUCAGUGUAGAUUUUUGAACAGCCGGGUGUACAGAGUGAAGGUUGGAAUGGCAAAGCCUGAUCAUGAAUCAACGAAGCUGGAUAUAGCUUAUUAUCCGAAUAGCCCCCAUUUAGGCAGCACCUUUGAUGUUCAUGUCAGAAGUGAGAAGUUCCUUAACAACAUCAUAGUCGCAAUCAUGACAAAGUAUGGAAAUGUAGACACAAGGAUGAUUAAUUGCCAAAAUCAAAUUGUCUGUAGCUUCGAAAUUGUUGUAGUUGAGGAAAUGAUACCAAAAUUUACACUUGAGGUUUAUCAUGUUCGGCACAUAGAUGCUGUGGAUUAUGGAACUGUCGAGAUCAGCACGAGAAAUAUUGGUGAAAAUUAUCUUAAAAUGAAACUGUCCCACAAUGUCGUAACCUCAAAAUCUACAAUCUCGAUGGCUUUUAACACAACAGAAAACUCCAGAAUCUUUCUGCUGGCUGUCGACAAGCGACUCACAUUCCUAGGUACCUCAAAUGAUUUAAAAAGAGAUGAUAUCAUGCACAAAAUUGGACAUAUCGACACCAAACAUGCUGUUAUUUUAGAUGACAUGCAAUCGUGGCACAUUUGCACAUCAGAAGAGCUACUCCGUCUAGAAAAUGGAAGAAGUACAGUUGUGCCACAUUCGUAUGGGUUCGAUUUUAGCGAUGAUAAUGAUGAUGAUGACUUCAAUGAUUCCAGUGAGAAUUUUGACGAUGAUGAAAAUGCAGGAGAAAAGCAAGAAGAAGAAGAUCUUGGAGACAUUCGUGAGAAUUUUCCUCACACGUGGCUGUUUGAGACCAUUGAGACUAAUUUAACAAUAACAAAUCAAACUUAUAAAGUUCCUGAUUCUAUAACAUCGUGGCACAUAUCAGCAUUCUCAGUUCAUGAUGAAAAAGGACUUGGAAUUAUGAAGCCUAAAGAACUUUUAGUUAAAAAUGAUUUUUUCAUCAAAUUCAGUCUGCCUUAUUCACUGCGAUACAAAGAAAUAUUAAGAAUCGAUGUCAUGGUCUUUAACCACAAUAGAAAUAAUCAGAAAGUGACUGCAAAAAUCAAAAUGUUAAAUCUUCGGAAUGACUUAACGCAGCCAUUUGAAUUUGUUGAGUACGACAAUUGCACAGCAAUGUUCAACACAAACCGCAACAUGAUUCAUGAGAUUGAAGUUCCAUCAGCUGGAAUCAAAAAGGUCUCAUUUUAUAUCCGAUCAAGUCCAACUGACAAUGACUUUACUAAGGAAAAGUACAUCAAUAUUAUAGUCACUGCUGAAGCUACCGAUAAAAGUAAUAAUAAGUUUAAAGAUUCGGUUCGAAAGAGCCUAAGGAUUGCUAAUUUUGGAGUUAAACUCAUGGACAUACAUUCUGUUGGAUAUACUCUGUCUGGAAAUAAGUUUAAUUCUGUCUUUUCGACCAACAACAGUGACACAUAUACGAACUCUUAUUGUGUAGUUUCUGGGGAUUAUUUAAGUGAGAAGAUCAGCAUUGAAUCUGAGUUUGAGCAACACUCAAAUGAUUUAAUUGAGCAGAAAAUAGCAAAACUAAAAUGGAAUAUUAAUCAUCAUCGUUACUUAAAAAGCAAGAACAAAUCUAGGGACAGUAAGUUCUUCAAGGAAGAAUUUCAAGAUAUAUUGGUGAUGCGUGAGCUUCAAAAAGACACCGCAAUAUCGUCAGGAUUCCUAUCAUUUUAUGUUGAUACUCUUGCAUCAGCUAUGACUGAAAAGAUGAUUUUUGAGAUGCCAGACGUGAUUGAAAAGGAACUAGACAUUCUUAAAAGUUAUCAGCUAGAAACUGGAGGAUUUUCUAAUUUUGGAAGCAUGCUUGAGUUCAAUAAGAACAGUUCUGACUACAACAAUACAAAGAUAUAUUUUGAAACUGCUUAUGUCCUUAUAUCCUUCCUAAAAUCAGAUAAGAUCGUUGAUCAAAAGUAUGAGGAUGUUAUAACAAAGGCUUUAGACUUCCUUGAAGAUAAUUUCCGUUAUUAUGAAAAUAGCAAUGAAGCUUCCUCAAUAGCUGCUUAUGUCUUUUCAUUAAAAUCACUAACUGAUGAAAGCUAUGAGAUAAGAACUAAAGAAAUCAUGGAUAGUAUUGAGAAUACAUUAAUUGAUCAUGGAAACAUGGAAAUGUGCAUUAAAUUGACAGCAACUGAUGAUGACUGCAACAUAAGAUACACAGCUUAUACAGCUAUGGCAUUCAUCAACCUAGAUGCAAUACAUAAAGCAGUUCCAUUAGUUUAUUGGCUUCUUAAAUCAUACAACUUCAAUGUCUUAAAUGGAGACUACUUCAAUGCAGCAAUCAUAUCAGAACCAAUAGCCAAAGUCGCCAACUUGCUGAACAGUAACUCAACUGACAUCACAAUUCUGUUAAAAGAUGAAUUUAAUUUUGAGGAAACAUUAAAGCUCACAGAAUACAACUCAACGGAUUUCCAUUUGGUCAACUUCCCAACACACUCAAAAGUUCUUGGCUCAACAAUCUCUGGACAUGGCUUUGUAUCAGUCACAAAAAUUGUUGAACGGACACUCGACUUUGCUAUUGCAAUAGAACCAACAUUUCACAUAGCUGUUGCCAUAAUUAAUGAUAAAAUUGUUACAAAAUCUGGUGAAAUUGUGAUUAAUGUUUGUGCUGAUUAUGAUCAAGAAGAGUGGUCGAUGGUGGCAAUGAAGCAUGUUAUUUAUGAGGUACAAAUGCCUAGCGGAUACAUUUUUGAUGAGAUUAUUGAUUUGGUGUGGAAAAAGAAGGACAUUAGGCUAGUAAAAGAAGGCAGGAAGAAGUCAUAUGUCAUAAUACACUUCAUGAACUUCCAAGGCUCCCAGAAAUAUUGUAUCGACAUCAAGGCAGUCAAGAUGUUUGAUGUGAAAAGUCCACAAAAAUCAAGUGUCAAAGUUUUUAGUUUUGAUAACAAAAAAAAAUUCGGACUCGAGUUCUAUGAGAUUCCUGUGAAAGGUGGAUGUUGA